AUGCAAGAAGAUGAGAAGGCAAGUAAACGAGACCAGGUCUUUGACUUGGAAAAAUACGUAGGAAAGAAGGUACGAAUAUGCUUUUUUGGCGGGAUAGAAGUGACUGGGUGUCUAUUGGGGUAUGACCAGCUGCUAAAUAUAGUCCUGGGGGAUGGAAAAAUGGCGUCUUUUUCAGAGCAGGAGGAUAAAAGCCUGGACUUAGGAGAGCUUAUGCAGGAGGCUCCAUCCAGCAUGAUGUGCAAAGGAGUGUCAAUAUGCUCUAUAGAUCUUAUGACGGCGCCUGAGAGCGCAGAGGAGUAUGCAUAUCCAGAAAAUGCAUAUUAUACAAUAGGCAGCAGAGGCUAG